AUGGAGAUCACGGAUGCGAUGAAGGAGCGUCUUCGCUACUUCUUCGUGCAUCACAGCGAGCCACCCCAUCCUCUGUCGACCCGCGAUGGCGCCAGCGCAUCUGUCUUGCCUCGGACGAGCGGCAGCACUGCAGUAGCCGCAGCUGGUGGGCGUUCUGUUUUUAUUCAAGAAGUGGACUGCAUGAAGCUGCUUAAUGUCUGUCCAGAGGUGGGGUGUGCGCUGCUGGGUCAGACCACAACGGUCAUGGAUGCGCUGCGUGUGGAGUGUGCGGCGCUGUGCAAAGAAGCUGGGCAGACGGACAUCCUUAGCAGCAGCAUUUCCAUUCGCCUCACGCAUGUACCCGUGGUGAUGACAGGACUGCCGUCCGUGCCGCCCGCUCGCGGUCAACUCGUGCAGCUUUGCGGGUCGAUCAUUCGCAUGUCAACCAAGCGCGUGGUGCCGUACGCAUCGCGGUUAAUGUGCCCGCGAUGCCGUGAUACUAUCGAGAUAUUCACAAACCCCUUCGACCGCGCGACGGAGACCAAGACACAGUGCUCGCAACCAGCCUGCAAGCACGAGCCGAUGCAAGUGAUUGGCCAAGUUUGGAUGGACUACGCCGAGUGCCGGCUGCAGCAGCGGUCCAACCAGUCGGGCCGCCUGCCUCGGAGCGUCCUUGUCACGCUGGAUGACGAGCUCAGCAUGAAGUGCUCGGUGGGCCAGUUCGUAGAGGUGGUGGGGCUUGCCUUUCCUAAAUGGCGGCAUGUUUUCCCAUCUAGCAGACCCACCAUCGAGCCGGCCAUCUGGGCGAUCAACGUACUCCCAAUGGAAGCGUACCGCGGGGCAGCUACAACAACGAGCGGUGCACCGGGACUGCGUCGCCGCAGUGGUAAGACGGACCGGCCAAAGUUCAACCCGGAGCACUUCUUCACCUCCUUCUGCAAGAACAAGCGCAAGCGUGGCGUGACGUUAGCGCGUUGUGUGUGCCCACAUCUCUCGGGGCUUUUCGCACCCCGCCUCGCGGUGCUGCUCUCUGCCCUCGGCGGGACGUCGACGACGGGGAAGACCUCCAUGCACGUGCGCAACACAAUUCACUGUCUCUACGUUGGCGACCCCUCGACUGGUAAGACGCAACUACUGCGCUUUGCCGCGGCCAUCGCGCCACGCAGCACCUCGACGACCGGCAUGGGCAGCACCUCCGCCGGUCUUACAGUGGCAGCCGCAAAGGAGCAUGGCGAGUGGGUGCUGGAGCCUGGCGCCUUGGUGUUGAGUGAUGGCGGCUCCUGCAUCAUUGACGAGCUACGCACUGUCUCUCCAGCUGAUCGUGCCUCACUACAUGAGGCAAUGGAGCAGCAGACCAUUUCUGUGGCAAAGGGCGGCCUCGUCACGAAGCUGCGCACAUCCUGCGCGGUCUUGUCAGCCUGCAAUCCCCCUGCCCGCCGCGGUGGUCGCACAGAGAUCGGUGUUGGCGGCCCACUGUUGAGCCGCUUCGACUUUAUCUUUCUUCUUUGGGACACACCGCAGCCGGAGGUGGAUGCGCGAAUUGCGUCGCACAUGCUGCGGGCAAACACUGGGGCACAAACGUCGCUGGAAGAGGAUGAGCUGACGGUGGAGGAGGUGGCACGGUACCUAUGGUGGGUGCGCACGCAGUACGCCGCUGCAGACGGUCCUCUUCUCUCCGACUCGGCCGCCGACCUCUUGGGCCGCUACUACGAGAUACAGCGGCAGCGCGGCGCCAGUCCGUCUCUGGACGACGCGGUACCGGUGACGGUGCGGUUCCUCGAAUCCCUUGUGCGACUUGCACAGGCGCAUGCGAAGCUGCACCUACAGACGGUGUGCACGCUGGAGGACGCUGCAAUGGCUGUGUUUCUCAUGGAGCGCACCGCGUACAGCCUCAAGUGCCCGCUGGACGCUGUCGAACCCGGGGUGUGCAGCAGUUCGCGUGAGCUGGACGAGGUGUUUCUCUCAGACGAGCCUGAGGCCCUCGCUCAGCAGGAUGCGGUGCUGUCCGCCAUCAUCGAUGUCAUCUUUCACUAUCGGCUGCCGUCAGCGGACUCCUUUAAUGGUGCCCAGACAAGAGGUGAAGGAGAGAUUGCUUUGGCGGACCUUCCCUUCAUGCGGGCGAUGCGCAUCACUGACUCUUCCCAGUACAGGAAUUCCUCUUUGCCCACCGGCAAUGUUGUAAGCGAGGACGACGAGGCCAACGGCUCACUGCUGACUCAGCGGAAGGUUCUCUCAGCCUCCUUGCAUGCCAAGACUCUCGUCGCCAUCUCCAGCGCUGAGCGGCUGGCGGAGGAAGUUGGGCGGACCUCUGGCACCGCCUACAGCGUUGCUCGCUAUGCCGGUUCCAGUAUUGAACUGACCGCCGACUCGUCGCCCACAGCCGUGGCGGCUCUGUUGCGCUCUCAGCACAUGCGUCAAUCUGUGUCUGUUGUUGCGGCCGUGGCGGUCCCCGGCGUACCCUCUGCAUUGCCUGCCUCUCAGUCACGCCCUCUUCCCGCUCACGUCGAAGCGGAAAAGGUACCAGAGUACACAGAGUUGUGGACUGGGAAGAGGCCGAGAGAGGAAGCCGAGGAUGAGGUGCUGCUAACGGAUAGCGACCACCAAUCUACCGCCUCCAGCGCGCCGCUCUCGCAACCAGUGCCGGCUCGUCCGCUGCCAUCACCGUCCUUGCCCAUUCCUGAAACGAGCUCACCGCCGUACUCGCUUCGGCCAAACGGUACGCGUAAACGGUCUGCUGAGGACAUAAUGCGUAGUCUUCGAUUUCAUCCUUGA